UGUCAUUUGCUUGCUUUUUUUCAAUCAAUUUUAUUCAUGAGUUUAUCAACAAAAGUAAACAGUUUUAUGUAAUCUAAAUAGUGUGUGUACGUGAUGUGUACAAUGAACUCAUUGUGAAAUAUAAUAACGGCCCUUUAAUAUCCUGUUGUCCAAAAUACUUAAAUACCUUUAAAAUUGGAUAAAUUUUGAUAAACGUUGGUACGUACGCGUACUUCGACAAACUUUGUAAUGUUUUAUCUCCCGAAGUCUCUGCAGGACACGAAAUGAGAAUUUGUUUGUGUACAUAAUAUACAAGAAUGGGUGAGAAUACUGUUGGUGAAAGAGUACGAGUUGUCACCAAAGAAGGGCCUGUAAUAGGAAGUUUAGAGGAAAGAGAUGGCAAAAAUCUGUACUCCUUCUAUAGAGUUCCAUAUGGGACACCACCUUUGGGUCAACUACGAUUUAGUGCACCCAAACCAGCGGCUCCGUGGCAAGAAGACAUUGAUUGCACCAAGAAGGUGUGUGGCCCGGUGACUGGGGCCGAGCUGGUCACCAAGUGCUGCCUCCUCAACGAAGACUGUCUCUAUGUUCACAUUGUCACGAGAGACCUGAAUCCAGUCAAACCAAAACCUGUCAUGUUUUGGAUCGGCUGUUUCAACUACUGCUGGUCUCUCAAUAUUCUGCUUGAACCAUGCAUCCUUGUAGAUGAAGAUGUUGUGUUUGUGACAUGCAGUUUCCGAGCCGGCCCAAUGGGCUUCCUGUCAAUUCAAAAUGUGGUUGCACCAGGAAAUGCUGGACUAAAAGACAUUGUUAUGGGACUAAAAUGGGUUCAAAGGAACAUUAGUUUAUUUGGUGGGGACCCUAAUAAUGUUACUUUAUUUGGUAGCAGCACUGGCGGUGCUAUUGUCCACCUGAUGAUGCUGUCGAGCAUGACCGAGGGGCUGUUCCACAAAGCCAUCAUACAAAGUGCAAGUGCCUUGAACAACUGGGCUCUGACCAAAAACCCAGCAGCUGCAGUUGUAGAACUAGCUAAAGCCCUUGGGAUUGAAGUUAAAGGUAAUGAUUAUGCUGAAAUUGUAGAAAUAUUGAAAACUCUGCCAGCAGAAGAUAUUGUGAAAGCAUUUUUGGAUAAAAUUGCUGUAGUUGAAGAUGCUACAGACAUCUUCAACCCGAUGUUCAGGCCAUGCAUCGAGGAAGACUUUGAGGGCCACACAGCGUUUCUAUCCAAGAGUCCCUUUCUAAUUUUGAAGUCUGGCAAAUUCAACAAGGUGCCAAUGAUUAUUGGGGGCGACAACAUUGAGACAUCCUUACUCAAGUUUCUAAAGUACAACUUCAGCGAGAAUUACGAGCAGUUGAAUCAGAGAAGUAGUUUUACAUUGCCGAAACAGAUGGCGAGUGGCAUGAACAGUUUGUCAACCAAACUCGUGCAGCAGUUGAUCAACUUCUACACCGGGGAGGACGCAGAGUUGAGCGACGGCACGAAGGACCAGUAUUUGCAGAUGAUCAGUGACUACUACUUCUUGUACUGUGUGAACAAGUCGGUGCGGUUCCACGCGCGGUGGGCGGCCGAGAGCCCCGUGUACUACUAUGUGCUCAACUUCUCCGGCGACUGGUCGGUGCCGCACGAGCUGUGCUACAUGAACUGCGGGGAGAUCCCCUACAUGUUCCAGAUUCGACUCCCGGCCGAGGACCGGUACGCGCGCGGCGGGAGGGACUCCGUGAGGGUCCGCAGUAGGGUCAUCAAGAUGUGGACCAACUUCGCUAAAUACGGGAACCCAACUCCCGACGACAACGACCCUCUAUUCCACAUAACCUGGGACCCAGUAGAGAACGAAGACAGGCUGAACUACCUCGCUAUCGGCACGGAGCUCACCAAGGGACGGAACCCUUACUACGACCGAAUGAAGUUCUGGGACCAGCUGUUCGUAGAGCAAUCCUUCCUGAGGACACUCAUGUAUUUCAACGAUAUGGGCGUUCAGUGGUAGGUUAAUUUGUGGUUGUUGGUAGUAAAAAAGGUGUUUAAUAAGGAUAUAGUCAGCCGAAAGAAAUUACACAUCUUUUUUCCAAGAUCUUUCUGUGGAAAAGAUAAAAAAAAGGCAGAACAAAAGUUGUUCAAGGGGGCGCAAGACGUGACAAAAGUUUGCAUUACGCUCACUCACAUCGCACGGCCUCGAGAGCGAGCGCGACGAAGAAACUUUUGGAACGUCUUAACGUCUUGCGCCCUGUGCUAGUCUAGCAGAACAACCCCCUGAGUCACCCCAUUCGGCUUAGUAUCCUACUUUUGCAACAUCCUGUAUAAGGUUACUUACAAAUAGGCUGUGAAGUAAUAUGGUAUGGGUUAUUUUAUAUUACAUCAGUUUACAGUUUAUUAACUGUCUGUAAUUAUUGAGUGAAGUACCUAAUAUGCCUCAUUUGUGUCACAAAACUAUGGUUUUAUACGGGUUUAACUUUAAAGGUGCUAAAACCACAGUUUUAGUCUUAUUGUUAUUUUUAGUUAUAACCAUAAAAGUAUAGGAUAAGGAUUUGUUAAAUUUAAGAUUUUACUAAUGGGUUUUACUUAUAAAUUUAUAGUUUUACGAGACAUUCCGUUGUUAACAUUCCAAGAUUUUACAAAUUGUACAAAAAAUAUUGUAAUCGAUACCAAAUAUAUUUACUGAUGUUGUUUUGAUCAGUGAACUGAAAGAUCGAUGCCAUAAUUAUGUGUUUAUACUGAUAUGUUAUGGACCAUUUAGUGUAAGUAUACAUUCCUUUUUGUUGGACUACUUCUCUGGUUAAAUAUGUAUAUCUAUAUUUUAUAUUUUUAUACAAAACAAAUAAGUAAAUGUGCCUUCUCCUAUCAUAAAAUAGGUAAGUUAUCUAUAAAUAUUCAUGUUAAGUUUCCAAUAAAAAAUACUGUUUUA